GGCCGGCCGGCGGGAAGCCCCGAGCGCGUGUGCGUGUGUGUGCGCGCGCGGCGACGAGCGGAGAGGGAGAACUGUCGGUCACCUGCGAUAGCCUCGCGAGCCAGGCAAUCUAUCUAUCUGGGCUCGGGUCGAGUCGUGUCCGUCGGCGCUCCUGGACUCGAGAGAUGGCUCCUUGAGGUUGCAAGGGGACAGAAGUGCCUUCCGACGUUCGGUGGUACAAUGUACCUCAUCGAUGUACAACACACCAAAUCACCUCGAUGCGACGCGCGCUGUACCCACAGCAGCUGUUGACGACUUCCAACCGCCGUUUGCACCUGGGUUGUAAUCGCUCAGUCCCGAAUCGCAGGCGAACCAGCUUCAGCCAAGACCUCCUUCUCUCUUCCCCAGCAGCAACAUGUGCAUCCUUUGCUCCGGCGAGCCCGUGGAGGACGAUGUGCGCAAGGGCAACCCGGGCGCCUUCCACGUGGGCAUGAUGCAGGCGCCGUCCGCCGACCCCUUGUGCUGCCUGGGCUCGUGCCUCUGUCCGUGCUGCGCGCAGAUCGUUAUCCGCCGCAAGGCGCUCAACUACGACAUGAGCAACUACACGUGCUGCCAGGGCUACAUGGACGGCAUCGUGCCCUGCGCGCGCUCGGGCCGCUGCGGCGAGUCCAGCUGCCCCAACUGCUGCCUGUGUCUUGAGGCCUUCUUCUGCAACGGCUGCGCCGUGUCGGCCACGCGCAUGAUGGUCAUGGACCGCUACCGUCUGCAGCCGGACAAGUGGGACAACCGCAUUAUCCGAUGCAACAACUGCAUUCAACUGGCGAGCUGCAUCUGCAGCCUGCUGUCGAUCUGCAUCUCGGAGCUGGGCGACCUCGCGGACAUCAUGAACUGCAUCGCGCAGUGCACGUACGCCACUACACAGGGCUGCAUGACGGCCCAGGUGAACGUGGAGCUGCGCGAGCGCGAGAAGGGCUUCGAGGUGCCGGACGAGACCAUGGAUCGCGUCUGA